GAAAGACUCAUUUGCCCUCCUCACGAUUCACACUCGCUGAACCGUGCCCGAGUCGCCUUCUUCGCGCCGUCUAAUCUCAUUUCUCUCCGGCGUCUGCUCCUCCUUUCGCCUUCGUCCAUAUCGCCCACCGAUCUUACCGUUCCGGUACACAUCGUCGACAUCGGACUUCUCCGCUGCUGUUCUGAACGCUUUCUCCAGUAUCCGGUCGAGCCGCAUCGGAAUUUCGAUCUGUUUCUGAAAGAAGAUUCCCAGUGCGCAGGGCUUGCCGCGCUAUGGAGCUGAGCGUCUCUUUCCCUGCGGACAACCCGCCGCUGUCGGUGAUCGCUGCUGCUAAGAUCGCUGGAAUCGCGCUCUCAACUGAUGCUUCCCUCCCUUCCGGAUCCGAUCCUAUCCUUCGCCUUGCUUCUGGGGAGGUUUUACAAGGUGCUAACACUCUGCUCCGGCACAUUGGUAGUAUUGCAACUCUUCCUAGCUUUUAUGGCCCGGACAGAUUGGAAGCUGAGCAGAUUGAUAAAUGGCUUGAGUUUUCCUCAGUCUUUCUGUCUGGUUCGGAAUUUGAGAAUGCCUGUGCACAUGUUGAUGGACAUCUUAUUUUGAGGACCUUGCUGGUUGGUUUUAAUGUGUCCAUUGCUGACAUUGCAAUAUGGUCUGCGCUUGCAGGCACUGGUCAAAGGUGGGAAAGCCUUAGAAAAUCAAAAAAGCACCAGAACUUGGUUCGCUGGUUUAAUUCAAUAUUAGCUGAAUAUGGAGAUGCUCUAAAUGAAGUCACUGCUGCAUAUGUCGGCAAGAGGGGAUUAGGAAAGGUUCCUGCAGCUAAGGAAAUUGUGGGUAGUGGCAAUUCAAAAGACUCAAGUGCAGGGGUUCUGCAGAAGGAAAAUACAACUGGCUUUGAAAUAGAUCUUCCUGGUGCUAAAGUAGGAGAAGUAUGCUUGCGAUUUGCUCCUGAGCCUAGUGGGUAUCUUCAUAUUGGACAUUCAAAGGCUGCUUUGCUGAACAAAUACUUUGCCGAGAGGUAUCAAGGGCGGCUACUAAUCCGCUUUGAUGACACUAAUCCAUCAAAAGAAAGCAGUGAAUUUGUGGAUAAUCUUUUGAAGGAUAUUGAAACAUUGGAUAUCAAGUAUGAAAAGGUUACUUACACAUCAGAUUACUUUGAUGAUUUGAUGAAAAUGGCUGAGAAACUGAUCCUUGAGGGAAAAGCUUAUGCGGAUGACACACCCAGGGAACAAAUGCAAAAGGAGAGGAUGGAUGGGAUUGAUUCAACGUGCAGGAACAACACUGUAGAGGAGAAUAUGGCAAUGUGGAAGGAGAUGAUUGCAGGUUCAGAGAGAGGUUUACAAUGCUGUGUAAGGGGUAGGCUGGAUAUGCAAGACCCUAACAAGUCCCUUCGAGAUCCUGUUUAUUAUCGCUGCAAUUUGGAUUCUCACCACCGUAUUGGAUCUAAAUAUAAGGUGUAUCCAACUUAUGACUUUGCUUGCCCAUUUGUUGAUUCUGUUGAGGGUAUUACACAUGCUCUUCGAGCAAGUGAGUAUCAUGAUCGCAAUGCACAGUAUCACCGCAUUCUUCAGGACAUGGGUCUGCGAGAUGUCCAAAUAUAUGAAUUUAGCCGAUUGAACAUGGUUUAUACACUUCUUAGCAAGAGAAAGCUUCUUUGGUUUGUUCAAAAUGGGAAAGUAGAUGGGUGGGAUGAUCCACGCUUCCCGACUGUCCAAGGGAUUGUGCGUAGAGGCCUAAAGAUCGAGGCGCUCAUACAGUUCAUUCUUCAACAGGGUGCCUCUAAGAAUCUCAACUUGAUGGAAUGGGAUAAGUUGUGGACCAUCAAUAAGAAGAUAAUCGAUCCUGUUUGCCCAAGACACACUGCUGUCAUUGAAGAGAAGAGUGUAAUAUUGAUCCUUGAAAAUGGACCAGAGAAACCUUUUGUUAGGAUUAUACCUAGACAUAAGAAAUAUGAGCCUGCAGGCCAGAAGGCUACAACCUAUACAAACAGAAUAUGGUUAGACUAUGCUGAUGCAUCAUCAAUCACAGAGGGUGAGGAGGUCACAUUAAUGGAUUGGGGAAAUGCAAUUGUAAAAGAAAUCAAGAAGGAAGAUGGAAAUAUAACCCAUUUGGUUGGCGUUCUCCACCCAGAAGGCUCAGUGAAAACAACAAAGUUGAAGCUAACUUGGCUUCCUGAUACUGAAGAAUUGGUUCACCUUUCUCUUCUUGAAUUCGACUACCUGAUAAAAAAGAAAAAGCUUGAAGAAGGGGAAGACUUUCUCGACAAUUUAAAUCCCUGCACAAAGCAUGAAACCCUGGCUCUCGGAGAUGCUAACAUGCGUAACCUGAAGCGAGGUGAGAUAAUCCAGCUUGAAAGGAAAGGCUACUACAGGUGCGAUGUCCCGUUCUUGCGUCCUUCCAAACGCAUUGUGCUAUUGGCAAUUCCUGACGGGCGACAGCAGGCAUCCCUAAAUUCAUCUAGGUGAAACAACUUGAUCUGCAUUUAUCUAGCCUUACAAUUUGGAAGAACAAUUUUGUUUAUGGUUCAUUUGCACAUCAAGAAUGAAACUCUAUCCUUGGAACUCUUCUUUUGCCGCGGACAUCCUUACCAUCCUUUUAGCUUCCUUGUUUGCAAACACUUAUAAAUUUGCAGAAAACAGCUAUCAUCACUAUGUAUGUCUGAAUAUGAACGAGCUUUUUUAUUUAUUUAGAAGACAUUUGGGCAUUUUGUUUCAA